AAAAAAAGAGAUCAACUAAAAAAUGUCGAUGUAUUUUUGCCUGUUUAAUGCCCAGAAUACGCGCAAACACCGAAUAAACUCGAGAAAGUGGCAGUCGCCAAGCUUUUUCCGCCGGACCCAAGAUGCUUACUAAUUCAGUUCCCGCCAAAUUCUAGCGAGCACGCGUUUUCAAAUACAGUAAUAUUAUUUGUCAAACCAUAGUUAUUUGGGAAAAGUGCAGAGUAUUGUUCUUAAAGACGGUUCUUCUCUUCAAGUAGUAUCCCGGUGUUUUAUCUGGUAGAGUUUUUUGCGUUUUCAAAAUGUCCAAAAGCAGGAUUUUCGGCACCCCUCCAGAACCUGUCUUCAACAUGAAGACAGCAUGUUUGCCACCAGAGUUACUGGAAGAAGCGUUAUACGCUCUUGCUGCUGAAAACGAGAAAAGUAUGAACACUGCUAAUGGCAUGCAAGGCUUUUUCAAAGGGGGCAAAAAUGCCGAAUACAUUUUUCUACUUUGUGAAGAAAUGGGUUUACCGACUCAAACCCGCUUUUUAGCAAUUGAAAUUUUUGACAGAUUCAUGGCGAAGCAUGUUUGUGAUCUCUAUGAGUUAAUUCGUUCAAAUUCAGAGACAAACCUGCAGAGAAACUGGAAAGAGGUGGAGAACAGAGUAAAAAAUCAGCUGCCGCUUCGAGUUAUGUCUUGUGUGCAGCUUGCAAGCAAACUGACUUCACACUACAAGGCAAUAACUCCAAGCAAAGGUCAGAGGUUUUUGAACUCAAUCGGCCAUUGUUACACACUGGGAAGCAUGUUGAAGUCAGAAUUGAGGAUUCUGCAGACUCUAGACUAUCACAUCUUAAUCACAACACCCUUAACAUUUUUGGAAACCAUCCUUGAGAUUCUUGGACACAAUGACACAAGAGCUCAAGUUAAACUACUUCAUGAUGCCAGUGUAAAACUCCUUGACAUAGUGUACCUCAAGUUUGAAGAAAUCUACAGCAAGUUGUGUAUGGCUGCAACAGGAGAAAGUUGUAUUAAAGAUGGCAGACAAAGCUUGGCAAUCAUUAGUAGUGAUCUAAUGUUGCUUGCUGUGUCAGUCAUUGGGGCAGCAUCCUACAUUGUGAAUCAGACAACAAGUGACAUGGUUAUAGAGCAACUUGGUCUUAUCACUCAGAUCCCAGUGGAUGAUGUUUUAGACUUUGCCACAAUAAUCAUUGAGAAUACUUUAUAAUCUGAGGAUGGAAAUUGACCCUCGUUAAUUUGUGAUUAUAAAGGUAGGAGAAAGAAAAGAA